AUGAAGCGAUGGAUCCGUUACGAGCCUCUGGUGAUCGACAAACCCCCGGAUUAUUACCAAACCAUUGAACAGAAACUAAAUGCCAUUAAUUAUCACGAAAACUGCAAUCAUUUGGUGGACAUCGGACUCACAGAAGACUCGCCACUAAGACAGAGAUGGCUGCAAGUGAGUCAAGACAUCAAAGCCAAGAGUCAAAGGGUUAAAGAAGACUCGGAAGACUCAGAGGAAGUGGACAAGUCUUUAGAUUACAAACAGAUUUACCGGAAAUGGCUUUUGAGUGAAGAAGGAAUCAGAAGUACUGUUGAUUUGGCCAAUCAUUACGCCAUCUUCAGAGACCUCUUCCCAGUCAGUCCUCCACUUCAGAGCGUGUCUGCCAUUGAAGUGAUGCCUCAAACACCGGUUUAUUACUUCACGCCAUUAGUCUCAUUGAAUGCAGAGUUUUGUGUCUUAGAGUCAGAAGUGGAGGAAAAGGAUGCCAUCGAUAAGAAUAGCGAAGAAAUGGCUGAAAACCAAAGCAAUGAUAUCAUUGUUUCGCCGAAAUGCUUUAACUGUCCCAACGUUACCAUCGAUUCUUCGGCUAUCAAUGGAAUCAAUAGUUCAGAUAAUUGUGAUACAAGUGAAGUGUCGGACGAAGAACUAAGCGGACGAAUAAGACUACUGAAUGACGGCAACCAUUACUACACUUUAUGUCUCAUUAGUUUGGACUCGCAUUUAGGCCACGAAUCAAAUGUCUGCCAUUGGAUGGCAACCAAUAUUCAUAACAAGAAUAAAGUGACGACUCAUGAGACAGUUGUUCAAUAUUUACCAGUUUAUGGUAUCAGAGGAUUGGGUUAUCAAAGAUUUGUAUUCAUGUUAUAUAAACACAAGAAUCCACUGAAUUUGCAAAAAGUCGAUGACUUUCACCUCAAGAAUAGAUCGUUCAAUGCCUAUGAGUUUAUGUCAGCGCACGGGACAGACAACUCUCUCACACCAGUAGGCCUUUCUUGGUUUCAGACCACUUGGGACUACAGCUCACGGAAAAUAUAUUACGAUUUUCUGAACAUGCGAUGUCCGCAUUACGAAUGGAUUGCACCCAAAAAUACAUCCUUCAAACAGCUACAGUUCCCGGCCAGAGCCCCAUUCAACAUAUAUUUAGACAAUUUCAGAGAUCCUAAAGAGAUGGCUAAAGAUGUCUUAUUAGAGCGCUUGAAAUCAGUGAAUCCAUACGACUAUGAGAAGGAGUUCUCAUAA